AUGCCUUCGCAAACAUUCUACCUCCUUGGACAAAGUCUGUCCUCGGCUAAGGAGGUUGGGAUAGAAACUUCCCAAACAUUUGAGAGCCUACAAUUUCUUAUCGCUGCUCACUUUGCUAUCGUCGACCCAAGUGGAAUUACUUUCCAGGGACCAGACGCUGUCUUGACCGAAGUGGCUGAGGUUCUGGCAGCAACGGCUCCUGUGCCGAUCACGAUUGAUGGGCAUCCCGUCCGCGAUCCACCCUGCCCCAAAGAAUUGCCCUUCGUCGGCACCUUCUUCGAAGUUUACCCGGAUCAUCUUGGAAACCAUCAACGCCUUUUCGAGAGGUAUGGACCGGUCAUCAAGACAAGUAACCUAGGCCGUGUCACCUACCAGACCAAUGACCCGAAAAUCGCUGCCAUUGCGUUCGCCGAGUCCGACUUUUUCACAAAGAAAAUUAAUGAAUCGCAUCCCCUUCAUGCACUGAAGACUCCUGCUGCUGGUGUUUUUCUUGGCGACACUGACACUCCAGAAUGGAGAGUCGCCCACAAAUUCCUGCCACCAGCUCUGGGCCCCAAGGCGGUCCGACACUACGCUCCAACGAUGCAGCAGACUGUGGAGGAUGCAUUCAAGGUGUUUGACAAGUUGGACGAGCAGAGUGAAGCUUGGAAUGUCUACCAAUAUAUGCUGAAGCUAGGUUCCCAAGCUGUGGGCAAGCUUACCCUUGGAAUGGACUUCCAGCAUUUCGAUGCACCCGAUACUCCCGUCCAUGAGAUGGUCCACAACAUUGCCGAAGUCCUUUCUCUCAACAAGAAGGUUACUUCGAAGGGAGACUGGUACAGCGCCCUGCCAUUUGGUGACCCCAGAAGACUCAAAAACCUCAGAGUCCGCAUUGAGGAAAUGGUAGGGGAGUCGAUGAAAAAGGCGACGAGAGCAGGCAUCGAGGAUCUUCCUCUACAAGACGCGGCCUUAACAGCAAGUAAUAUGGUUGAUUAUGCCGUUCGGGCCACCGACAACAAGGGCGAGAAGCUGCCAAAAUCUAGCGUGGUUUGGGCGCUGAUCGUGGCUACAGGCGCUGGUUUUACGACUACUAGCUCUCUCCUCUCCUGGCUCAUCUACGGCCUCUGUGAGUACAAGGGCAUGCAGGAGCGACUUCUCCAAGAGUUGAUUGACCACGGAUUUGAUGAAAAUACCAAAAUGACUGCUGACUUCACGGAGAAACUGGAGUUUCUUGACAAGUAUAUCAAGGAGACUCAGCGACGCCACAAUCCUUCCUUCCAACCCGGGCGGACUGCGAAGGUUGACCUGAUCCUGCCGGGGGGCUAUAAGCUACCAAAGGACGCGGUGAUCAUUCCUGCCCUGCAUCACAUCCACAACAAUCCUGAUCUCUGGGAUAACCCUGCUCGGUUUAAUCCCGAUCGCUGGGAUACCGAGGAAGUGAAAUCCAGGCACAAGGCGGCAUAUAUUCCUUUCGCAAUGGGGCCUCGUAUGUGCAUUGGAUUCAACUUCGCGCUUCAGGAGAUUAAGGUCUUUUUGCCCAAACUUAUCUACCGGUACAAGUUCUCCCGUGAGGGUGACGGCCCCAUCGAGUACGACCCAAUGUUCCAGUUGAUCAGGCCCAACAACCUUUACGUGCGCGCAGAACGGCGGACUAAAUGGCCAGUAAAGUCGAGAAGUGCUUCGCCUUGA